CUAAAACAUGGGCUGGCACUGGUUGGGAACUACAGCCGUGGCAAGUGCAGCUGUGGAGAGGCAGAGACUGUGACACAGGAAGACUGAGAAAUAACAGUUACGGAUUUUCUCCAUCGCACUGGAGGCUGCACACGGCUUUAAGGUUAUCAGUGCUCCUCUAGACCUGCGGAUGGCGGCGGUACGCUCUCACUGCGUCCAGCCUGCCGCGACAUCAGGAAGAAGAAGUGGCCAAACAAACAUGGCGGAAAGACGAGUGGACGAGCGUCAUAGCGGUGGCGGGUCAACGAAUAAUUGUGACCGGCAAGGAGAUGCCGAGCCACCGAAAUCCCCUGACGGCGAAAGCUCGGAGGGGCUUGGAGCUCAGUAUACCCCCGACCUGAAAAGCGUCCUGGUCACCAGCGUUUUGAACUUGGAGGAGCUCGACGUGGACCUCUACAGAGGCACGCAUCACUGGGUCCCCCGCAGCCAGCGCUUGUUCGGGGGCCAAAUAGUCGGUCAGGCCCUCGUGGCUGCUGCCAAAUCGGUCAGCGACAACCUCUACGCCCAUUCUCUCCACUGCUACUUUGUACGAGCAGGGGAUCCUAAGGUUCCGGUGCUGUACCAGGUGGACCGCACGAGAGACGGUCGCAGUUUCACAGUGCGCUCCGUGAAGGCCAUCCAGCAUGGACAGCCCAUACUGAUCUUCCAAGCGUCCUUCCACAUGCUGCAGCCGAGCCCCCUGCAGCACCAGUUCACCAUGCCGGUGGUCCCCCAGCCCGAAGACCUCCUCACUGUGGAGGAGCUCAUUCAUCUUUAUCUCAGUAAACCAGACCUGGCAGAGAAAUCGAAACAAGGUCUUAACAAACUGCUGGCCAACGAGGUCCCCAUGGAGAUAAAGCCAAUCCAGCCACCACACUUUUACAGAAUUACUUCAGCUGAGCCGAGGAAGCUGUUCUGGGUGCGAGCACGAGGAUAUAUUGGUGAAGGCAACAUGAAGCUGCAUUGCUGUGUUGCUGCAUACGUAUCAGACUUUGCGUUACUGGGCACAGCACUGUUGCCUUAUCCCGACUACAAGGCCCAUUUCUCAGCCUCUUUGGACCACGCCAUGUGGUUCCACACCACUUUCCGCAGUGAUGAGUGGAUGUUGUUUGAGUGUGAGAGCCCAUGGGCAGGGGGCAGUAGGGGACUGGUUCAAGGCAGACUGUGGAGAAGAGACGGGGUGCUGGCUGCCUCCUGUUCCCAGGAGGGUGUCUUGAGAGUGAAUCCCCUCAAAGAGCCCAGCAAACUAUAAGCACAUUCCUACAAUUUUUCUUAUUUAAUUUUUCUAUUCUUAUUUAUUUGUAACUCUAUAAUAUACAUUUUAUUUUGAUUUUUGACACAAAAUUUUCAAUAUAAUUAUGAAUUCAUGAUUGUGUUAUUAAGAACAUGCAAAUUUUAAUUUUUAUUUCCAGUUAAUAAAGAAAUAAA